AUGAUUCCGAAGUUCAAGUUCUCGAAAUAUUCAUUGUUUCAGAUAUAAUGAAGUAGAUGAAGUUUCAAUUCCCUUGCCUACAAGAGACAACGAUAAUAGAGCCAUUGCAUGGCCGUGAAUCUGGUCGAUCAUUGUUUGUUGUUCAGAGAGCGUUCAUUGCAGUUGAUGAGAAAGGGAUGGAGGCUGCUGCUAAAACAGACUGCGAAGAUAUGGGAUGCUCCAUGUAUUAUGAGCCACUGCCUGCCCUUGUGGACUUCAUUGCAGACCAUCCUUUUCUCUUUAUGAUUAGGGCAGAUAAUUCCAAGGUUCCAUUCUUCAUUGGAGCGGUGGUCAAUCCCCAGCUUGAGGAAGAACUUGAUGAUUGAUCCAUAUUUUUAUGCUUUGCAUUUUUUAAAUUAGAACUAGAAUCAUCUUGAGUUGGAAUAAUACAUCUGUGGACUUUUG